AUGAAAAUUCUCCUCAUCCGCCAUGCACAAUCCAUGAACAACAUCGUCCAAGCUCAGGUCCAUACCAAAAUCACAUCAGGGAAGGCAAGCGAGCAACAGGCUCAAGACGAAUGGCUCUCGAUGCGCCAAGACGACCCCGAACUUUCACCCGCGGGGAAAGAGCAGCUGAAGAGGUUGAUGGAGCACGCAAAGAAACUGCCGAAAAAAUCAGGAUGCAAGAGGUUCCGCGUCUUGACGUCUCCCAUGAGACGAGCAUGUGAAACUGCGAAGGUGAUCGUCGGGGCGCUCAAUCUCCCCACAGCGGAGGUGAGAGGAGAUCUUUGCGAAGUUGGAGGGAUCUACACAGCCCAGCGGUCGCCAAAUGGCCAGUCGAAAUCUACAGUUCAACAAGGUCACGGGAAGAGCAAUGGAAGCAAUGACGAUCAAGCAGCAAUUUGGAUUCGAUGUGUCAAGCUUGCCCCUUCUGGCCCAUGGGACUCUGGGAGAGGAUUCGAAGGGACAACGGAGGCUAUCCAGCGAGCGGAAAGGCUUUCAUCUUGGUUGAAAAGCGCGUACCUUCACAAUGAGAUGGGUCAAGACGGAAUGUUGCUGCUGGUGUCUCAUGCAGAUUUUCUCGCCCUGCUGAUGGCUGUCCUGACCAAUCACUCCACCUCUGGACAUGAAAACAAUCCGGACAUCGACGUCUCUGCGCACGGAAUCACUGAAGCAACGCUUCAGGGAUUGAUGGCACACGACGCACCAAGUGUAUAUCAGAAGUUUAGAAUAUCCCUUGCAUGCACUACUCUGUUGGAUAUCUCCCCCGAGGGCAAGGUGCGAGUUGAGUGGAUGAACAAGAAGUCUCAUUUGGAGGGCAAGAAUUGUACCAUUAGUUAA